UCCUUCAAGUCCACCUCUCACGCCCUCACCUGUCCUCUUAUUUUCUCUCUCAUAGUCCAUUUCAGUUCUUCUCUAUCUCUCUUCUUAAAACCAUCCAAAGCCCCAAAACCCUCUAGUCUUAUGCAAUAAUCCACAUUUUCUUGUUUUUUACAUUUCAUGAAAUAGCGUAUGAUUUUUUGAUUAUUUGAUAGACUGCACCUUGUCCAAUUCGGUUUCGCAAGACAGGUGCAUCCCUUAAUUAUAUGAAUAUAUGCCGGAGUUGUAACGAGGAGGGACGAAUUACGGAAUCUAAGCAAAUUCACAGUUUGUCGCCGGCAUUGUGGUCUGAAUUGGAGGCAUACUUCUCCAAUGGCGACAGCAGUGAAAGGGAUCUUCAAAGGAUUCAAAUACACAAUUUCUCAAUUCUUCGUUGUGAAGGAGCGUGAAAUAGAGAUUGGAUAUCCAACAGAUGUUAAGCAUUUGGCACAUAUUGGGUGGGACGGCGCCUCCGGAACGGCUCCCAGUUGGAUGAGUGAAUUCAAGACAGGGCCUGAUUUUGCGACCACAUCGAUUGGAAACUCUGGUUCUGCACUCUCUACAUGGUCCUCUCAAGAUUUUGGGGAGUCCAUGCAACACCAAUCAAGAUCCGCUAUGUUUAGAGACAUGGCCUCUCCGGAAAAGAAGAAGCACAAACGGAACAAGUGUAAGUCAACUUCCUCCCUAAAGUUUAUGACCGGCUCUUCCUCAAGGUCAGCAAGAGCAGCAGCAAAUUCAAGCGCCAAAUUUGUUGAGGGACCAGCAAAUAUUGUAGUUGCGUGAAAUCAUAGAUAGAGUGACCUGCUUAUAUAGCUCAUGAGAACUCCUCCGUUUGUUCUUGGAACAUCCCCACACCACACGCAUGCAGAGACUUCUCAAAGAGUAGAGGAAGAUGUAGAUAAUCUACUAAGUUUAGCUGGGUGAACUGCAUAUAUUAUAGGCGCCAGAAUCUUAGGUAACAUGGUAUUCUUAACGUUCAAACACGACAAGAUACGAUCAAGAAACUGCUAAUUUCCUUCUGAUGAUGAGGAGGGGUAUUGUAAAGCUUAAGAUAGUUUUUGGUUUGGCCUGAUGCAAAUUGUGCGGAUUGGAUAUAUAUUAUUUAUCUGGUUUUUUUUA